GCGCGAGGAUUGGAUCAGAGCCAAAUACGUGGAGAAGAAAUUCGUCACCCGACUUCCGGGGGCGUGGCCUAAAAAGCCCCGCCCACCCCGCCACAUCUCCCGAGUAAGCCCCGCCCCCCGCUGCUCACAGGCAACAGAGCCCGAGCCGCCCCCCAGUCUUCACCCCGGGGCUCUCCUCUACUGGGGGGCUCAGCACCGGCGUCUCCCAGCCAUGGCCGAUGCUUUGGCCCACGGCGCAGACCCCGGUUGGGCCAACGCAGCCGAAGAGCACCGCACACCCCUCCUGCAGGCUGUGGCUGCGAACUCGCUGCUGGGCUGUGAGUUCCUGCUGCAGAACGGCGCCAAUGUCAAUCAGAGGGACAGCCAUGGGCGGGGGCCGCUGCAUCACGCCACCAUGCUGGGGCACACCGGCCUGGCGUGCCUCUUCCUGAAGCGCGGUGCUGACAUCAACGCCGUGGAUGCGGAGGGGAAGGACGCCCUCACCAUCGCCAUGGAAUUGGCCAACGCUGAUAUCGUCACCCUGCUGCGGUUGGCCAAGAUGCGAGAGCUGGAUGCGGCCCAGGGGCAGACCGGUGAUGACACCUACCUCGACAUCUUCCGCGACAUCUCCCUCAUGGCUUCCGACAACCCCGAGAAGCUCACCCGUGCCCCCUCCAAGCACUCCACCCUAUAGCUCCAUACUUGAGGGUCGGGCCCCUCUGUCCAGGGCCAGGCCGUGCCCCCUUUUAUUAAUUGAAAUAAAGCAAUUUGUUCUCAGGCAA